CUGUGCCACCCUUUAGCAACUUUAGCAUAUUUCAGUGGACUCCAGCAGACUCAGCGCCUUCGAUGUAUUCGAGGUUAGCGAUAUGUGCAGGAUCCAGAUCGUUUUGCUGUCCUCCUUUGGGGGUGAUUCUGAUGAAAUCUGAAUGAUUCUGAGAUUCAAGACUUGAAUUUUACAGGUGGGGAAAUUAGAAUUGGUGGAUCUGUGGAUUUGUAUCACAGACAAUUUGGCUCAAGACCGGCCACUAGUCACUACUCGUUUGCUUCUCUAUCCUUCUCGUGUGGCUCCCAUGGCGGAAGUGGAGAAAGACAGGGUCAGGGCUGAGAGCGGGAAACCUGACAUGGAAGAGAAGGUGAAGAAAAUGAUGGAGUUGAACGAGCUUCGAGAGAAGUGGUCGGACAAGCUUUUCCAGGACAACCCCGAUUCAGUGAACUCCUUUAUGGUCACUAUGGACGAAAACAACAUGCCUGCCAUUGAAAUUGGUGUGGAUCCGUCUGCAAGCCAGGAAUCCCUGGCUGUACCUGAGGAGCUCUUUUCGGAGAAUCUAAUUUUCAGGACUGUGGAAAGGAUGCGUGAUGCAGGGCCUUUGAUCUUGGAUUUGGAAGAUGGUGCCGGCCUGAAACGGGCAUAGUGGCAUAGGGGAUGGAGAGUGGAGAGGGAGAAAGCGAGCUGCUUUCGGCCAUCCAGAAGAACUUGAUUGAAAGUGGACUGGCCCAAGGGCUUUGUACAGAUUGGUUGCCCGCUGCUCUAAGCCGAA